AAAAUAGUUUCAAAAAUUGAGUUGGUAUUAUAUAAUAUAAUAUAAAACGUGCAAUUUGAUUAAUCUGUUGCGAUUAAAAGUUGCAAGGAAGUAUUGUAUUUUUCAUUGCACAAUCACAGUUCUACGAUUUUCUACAAGGGAUCAAAAAAUCUGAGAAAAUUUCUUUAAAGACUUUAACCUAAAAAUCGUAUGUAUGCAAUUAAUUUGUGGUGAAUUCCUACCUACGGACAUAUAAGCUAUUGAAAUAUGCUGCCCAGAAUAUGGCCUAAUAAUUUGGAAUUGGAACAUAUUGGACAAAAAUUGAAGGUGCACGUGAAAGAUGGCUCAACCUACGAAGGCACUCUUAAUGAAGUGGAGUUUGAUAAACUUAUUUUGAUUCAUGCCACUCGAAACUCUAUGCCGUGCAGUGGAAUGGUCUCAUUAUUGUUCGAAAACAUUGACUAUAUUCCGGAAGUGAAUGUUAAGAAAGAAGUUAACGGUGGCCAAAAUAGUGAAACAAGUGAAAAUCUAAGAAAAGGUUGGGUGCAACAUACGAGUAAACCAAAUUUGCCCAGCUCAGUUGUGCCAAAACCCGAUAACUUACCAUCUUCUGCACCUACAAAGCCUUCUAAGUUAAAGCAGAACAAGCCAACCGAAAUAGAAGCAGCUGCUGAUAAAGUUGUCCAAAAAACUGGAAAGGAGUUUAUUCAUCCUCCGUGGCUCUCGAACGAGUUUGAAAAUAGCCAUAAUAGUAUAUUAGAUAUAGGAAAAUCUGAAAAAUCUUCUUAUCACAAACCCGAACGUAGGUUCAAUUCAUUUAAUGUACUUAGAUGUGACAGAGUAAAGAAUUGGGUAUCUGACGCACCGAAAAGAAACAAUGGCAAUUAUAGUGCUCCGGAAAAUGGUAAUAUCGAUGCUAAAGAAAGUUAUGGAAAAAACUACAAUGGAAACGGGCCGCCUAAGGAUAUGUCAACCUCUAAUAAGAUUGCAGCAGCAAUGCGCCGAACUGAAUUGCCAGAUGCUGCGUCAUUGUCCGGGUAUGACUCUGAUGUAAUGGAAUCGUGCGGGAUAGCGACUGAGGGUUUAGUUACACAAGGUGCAUUCGGGGGUUACGACUCUGAUGAAACCGCUACACCUAAUGAACAAGCAUGUUGGCAAGACUGUAACGUGUUAAAUGAAAAUACUCAACAGCAAUCUCCUGAAGAUAAUAAGGAAACAAUGUAUCAGUAUUCUAACAGAAAUACUUCUAAUCUUUCCCAACCCCAACAAGUAAAUAAUUACAAUCAACAAGUCAACUCAAGGAACUUUCCUAUAAAUAAAAACAGUCGUAAUAUUGCGUUUAAGCCAGCUCAACCGCAAAAUAAAAGCAGUUUGCUAACAAAGCCCAUUGUUUCAAAGCUUGCAAAUUCAAACAACAAAUCUUUGCCAAAAUUGCCAGGUAUACAAAGAGUAUAUUCUGAGAACAAACCCAUGCAGAGUAGCACUGGCGCGAUUAGCAAGACCAUAACAUUUCACCUCGGCAACCGUCAAAUGAGUCGUCAAACGCCACCUCUGGAGAAUGGAGUUUCGAGUUUGACGAGCAAGUCUAACAGGCAAUAUGCCCAGAAUAGUUUUAUUAGAGGUGGACCUCAUAUCUCCAAAUAUAAGCACCAAAGCACCUUGAAUCGUGCACAAAAUGUCGCGGGCAAUAACACAGAUGAUGAUGCAAUCAAUACCGAACAUUCUCAUAUAAUAUUUAAAACUUUUAACGGAUGUGUCAUACCAUCCGUUUCAGUGGAUCUACGUGAAAAAAUUCGUCUAACUGCCGCUAGAACCGGUUUAGUCGCUAAAGAAACGAACGCGUUUUUGGCGCGUGGAAUUUGUGACCUAGCAAUUUCAUUGCUGAAGCAUGUCUGUCAUGUAUCAGAUGAAGAAAAUUUCGACACCAAUGUGGAUGUUGUUAUUAUAUGUGAAGGUGCCAUAGAAGUGGGCCUAAUGACUGGUCUAUUGCUUAAUGGACAUUCUUUUACAGUUUGUCUAUACAAACAUGAUGAAUUAAGUUCGGGCUUUGAUGUAAAUUCAUCUAUUAAACGCCAAAGUAGCAUAGAGUAUUUUAAAAGAACCGGGAAUAGAGUAGUUGAUUCCGUUAAUAAGUUACUUACACCAAAUCUAAUCAUUUUGUGCACUAGUGUAGUAAGUGAUGUUAUCCUACCGGACGAAGUAAUUAAUUGGAUAUACAAUACCCAACGUGACGUUUUAGUUGUAGAUCCACCACCGUGUUUCCAGUUAGAUCGUCUUAAUGCGCAAAAAUUCGCGGCAUUGCCAAUUUUGCCGGUUGUAGGAAUUGAGGAAAGUUAUUCGCAGCUGUAUCUCAUUAACUUAUUCAUACCAUACGAUUUUUUUGCAGAAGAAGGUGUUGAGUUUGAAAAUCCGUUUGGAAUGAAAAACAUUCUCCGUCUAUACCCGAAAACAAUUUGAAAUGCAAGUACUUAUGUACGCAAAAUUGUAAGUUGGUCUAUAAUUUUGAUAGUGAAUAACAAAAUUGGUUGUGAUAUAGUCUUUUUUAUGGAAGACCAGAUCUUGUUGCGUUUAAACUAGAUCUCAGUGUAUUUUGUGAAAUAUAUAUUUAUAAA